UGAGCGCGCUCUGUAGGUACGCAGAACAAGACGGCUGUUAAGUCUAUUAGACACGUCUUAUUAUUGAUAAAGAAGGUGCAACACCAGCCGUGGUAGCAAACAAACGUGGGAAUCAGUGUUUUUUUUAUCGCCGUGGGUCUGGACCUAGCGCUCGCUACCAACUCAGCUGCCGUGUCCCCGGAGCUUUGGCGCGGAACAAUGCCUGGCAACGCAGCGGUGACAGUGGCGCUCCCAGCCGCCGCAGCGGCUCCUCAGAAGUCGUACCCUUUUGUUUUAAAGAAGAUCAUGGACAUCCCACCUCCUAAUAUCCUGGAGGAAGGGGACGACGAAAUAGAGAAGGAAAAGCAGAGCUCCUCUGAGAAUGUGGAAGGAGGUGGCGCCGUGGCGUCCGGCGCUGGUGGAGGCUCUAGAGGAGGAGGUGGCGGAAGUGGUGGGGGUGCUACCGGUGGAGGAGUGUCAGCCUCCCUGACCCCGGCCAUCUGGGAGAAGACCAUCCCUUACGAUGGCGAGACCUUCCACCUGGAGUACAUGGACCUGGAUGAGUUUCUCCUGGAGAACGGGAUCCCUGUGAGUCUGGAGGAAGAGGAGCUACAGAAGACCCUGGCCUUAGUGGACACCAAAGGCAAACCCGUUCCCAAAGUUGUCGCUCUGGCUCCCGCUGCACCAGUCGCUGCCCCUCUGGCUGCUGCUGCCACGGAAGUCUCCGCCCCGGCGCCGCCCGCCCCUUCUCCCUCCGAGGCUACUUCGGAUGUGGAGGAAACCGUGACGGUCACAACGCUGCAGCCAGCCAAAUUAGAAAAGGAGGAAGAGGAGGAAGGACAGGAGGAGGAGGAACGUUUGACUGAGGAAGCACCAGCAGAAGCUGAAGUGAAGAAAACAGAUUGUAAAGCUAAUGAGCGAAACACGCCGUCCCCCAUUGACCCAGACGCCAUUGAGGUGGACAUCAAUUUCCAGCCGGAUCCCACGGACCUGGUCCUCUCCAGCGUUCCUGGGGGAGAGCUGUUCAACCCCCGCAAGCACAAGUUCUCUGACGAGGAGCUGAAACCCCAGCCGAUGAUCAAGAAAGCCAAGAAGGUUUUUGUUCCUGACGAACAAAAGGAUGAGAAAUACUGGUCCAGGAGGAAGAAGAACAACGUGGCGGCAAAGCGGUCUCGUGAUGCGCGGCGGCUGAAGGAGAACCAGAUCACGGUGCGCGCCUCCUUCCUGGAGCGGGAAAACGCCGCGCUGAGGCAGCAGGUUGCUGAGCUGCGGAAGGACUGCGGGCGGUGCAAGAACGUCUUAGCCCGCUACGAAGCCAAGUAUGGCCCUCUGUAGGGAGAAACGAAGAAAAGGAGAACAAUGACAUAAACAGAAAUCUAGAAUCCAUGCAGCAUCAAUGAGACAGAAGCAGAACUCCCUUCCCCGCAGAAUCCCAACACAGACACAAACCUAAAUUUGCACUGUUGUCUUCACCAACCUCCAGUCACUGCGUCGAGCUCCAGCUGACGCCUCUUAACAUGAUGCAGGAGUUUUGGACACACGCUGGGCGGCGGCGGGGUGCGAUGGGAGCGGUGGUCGAUGGAUGGCCUGUGGAGAGCGCCUGGCUCCUACACUGAGAGAAGAGGUGGACUGUGUGUGUGGGGUGGGGGGGGGGGCACACAGGUGUCCCCCUGGGAGAGUCAUGGCAUGUAAAAAAAAAAAAAGAGCAAGCUGGUACAACAGAAUCACACACCUCAGCUUUACCGCCACACUCUGGUUCUUAGAGGACCAAGUCGUAAAUAGGCUCAAUCAGGCUAAAUAAACGAGCAAGAGUUAGAUUCAUGUUGGUACUUCCAGCUAAAAGGCCGAGGGACCAGAGGAAGGUCGGGGCGGGCUGUCAUCGGUGGGUUUCAGUCCCAAUUCUUCCCGGUGUACACACUAAAACAGCAUCUGAGACAUCUGUGUGUGUAUAUACAGUCGAUUUUCUGUACUGUCGUGUUAGUGUGUGUAAUUCAUCAUUGCACUUUUUACCCUGAAAAAAAAACAAACACACACGUUUGCUAUGUGAGAACGGGUAGCAGUUUGCCGUCUUGUUCACAGUAAAAACAAAGACGGGGGGGGGGGGGGGGGGAAAAAAAAACAGCAGCUUCCACCUGGGGGUGGGGGAAACGUGACCUGCAGUUUAAAGCUACUGUGAUGAAAUCUUAGUUUCCUUUUCUACUGAUCUCGAAUCAGCUUUCAAAGCCGCUAAUAAAAUCAGAGAUGUGUAAAAACGACGUUGUUACAAAUCAAGAAAGCAAUGUUGUUUUUUUACGUUUGAUGGCCUAAGUGUGAGGAACUCAAAGGCCCUCACCUGUGGAGGGGUAUGUUAAUAUGUAGAGAUGUUUAUUUUACUGCACACUGCAAGUAGAGGGCGCUAGAGUCACUGUCUCCUCACCAAAGGUGUAGUGACAGAGAUUUUUCUUUUCCUACCUUUUUAUAAACAUGUAGCCACGCCCAGAGCCUGUGUGCUUGUAAAUAUUUAUGUAUCAGGGUUUCAAUUCCCUAAGGCAGGGACUCUUACUUUGUCUUUGUUAACCCAAUAAUAUCCUAACGUUUUCCAAAUAACGAGUGCUGUAUUCGUUCUAUUGGUAACACACAUGUUAAUUGUGAUGUAUAACAAUAAGUCAGACAAAAACUUUUUUUUUCCUUUUAAGAAACAGCUACACUAUGAAAGCAGAGACGGAGCAGGGAACAGGGAUCAAACAGAUUUUCAAAUUUUAAUUUAUUUUGUCCUCGUGCACAGAUGCUUAGGACAGUCUGCUUUACCCCAUCCUCUUCUUAUCAGGGCCGGUCCAAGGUUUUGAGUAGACCUUGAUUUAGGGACCCACUCGCAAUUAAACCUCCCACCAUGUUCUGUGUUCAUUGUUUAUUUAAAGCAACAAUUUAUUAAAUAAAUAUGGAUAAUUUAGGGUAAAUAUUUUAGAGCAGGUUAAAUCAAACAAAAUCAUAGCGGUGGCGUUAGUUUUCCCCACGUAUUCUAUCUGGCGGUCCGGCCCUGUGCGUUGUAGCUCAAUGCAGAAUGAAUGGAAACCCAAAGAAGUGGUCAAGUUUAACUGGCUAUGCAUAGAGAAAUUUCUGAAAAUUGAUAAAUGCAUGUUGUAAAUUAUUUGCAAUGGAUGCAGUGUGCAGUGACCCCAGCUCAGACAAAACUUUAAAUUUCUUAUAAAUUCCUCUAUUCAAAUCUAAUAAACCUAAUCUAUUACAAUCAAUACAAAAAUAAAAAUGACUUAUGAUAAAUAGUGAUAAACUGUGACUAACAUUACUCAAAACUAAAUUUCCCCUUGUGUGAAGACAUGUAACAUUUUUCAGUUAAAAAACAAAAUAAAAUACAACUUUAAUAAAAAAAUAAAUAAUUACACAUUAUGAAAUUGUUUUAAUUUGCAACUCUAACAUGGCUAUCACACUAAAGUUCCCUUUGAGUAAAAGUUAUACAUUUGUCCAUCUUUAUAAAAACAAAUAAUAGUUUGAUUGUGAUUUUGAACUGAAGAAUUUGAAAUUCUUUUAAGCUUGAAUCUCUGAAAACAGCUAAUCGAAAAAUAGUCCCAUUUCUCAUAAAUUUGACAGCAAACAUCUUCUGAAACAUAAACUGUAAAUAACACCAUAAUGUAAGGGCUCUUGGGGGCCCUCUGCUGGCCUGGGGGUCCAACGCAGUGGCUUAGUUUGCCUUUGGCUCGGGCCGGCUCCACUUACCCACUCUGAUUGGAUCAAUUUUGGCAGAGCUAUAAAAGUUGGGUUGGUUGAGGAAGAAAGCACCUAAAAGGCAGGUUAGUUUUAAUUGGUUAAAACUUUGGUCGAGUGCUUUUUGCCAAAGUGGCUUAGUCUGAUCCUAAUUUUGCAUCACAGACUGUUAGGGGUUUCUACAUUUACUACAUCGACUGGUUUGGGCUCAUAGUCACCGUAGUGUUGGACAGAUAAUUAAUGUGGCAAUAAUACUCUGUUAUGUAAUGCCUGUUUCAUUUUAAUUAAUGUUAUCUGUAAAAUUUGCUAUAAUGUACUGAAUAGAAAUGUCCCAAAGUCAUUGUGCUUCCAGUUUUUGGUCCUCUUUCCUUAAGGAUCCUAAUGCAUGAAACCCAGUGAGGCUUGUGUUUAUUUUCUCUUGUAAAUGUCACACCAAGUGUACUUAUGUCUGUAAAACCAUCACUAAAGAUAGGAUGUGUUUUUGGAUGCCUAGGAUAAUUGUUCUGUUUAAAAAAAAAAAGAAAAAGUCCUCUGCUUACGAUGGGCACAACAGCACCAUCUGUCUCAGAGAUCAUCAGCUGAAAACGGUGUCUUUUUCUAACUAUUAUAAGGAUUGACUUCUAUUUGCUACAGAUGGAUUUAUGCCUACAUUAUACACUGGAUCAGUUGGUGCUUUCUGUGUUUUCAUAAAGGGUAAAAACUUUCUUGACAGUGUAGUAUAAAAUACAUUUUCAGGCAUUGUGCAUUGUUUUUCUUUAUGCCUUUUGGACAGCACUGUAGUUUCGGAGUGCAAACAUGUUUUUAAUUGAAUAAAAAUAUAUUUGGCCUAUAAAUGAGUGAUAAUUUAAUGCCAUCAGGGCUAUUUUUAGAUAAGACAAACAUAUAUAUAUAUAUUAAAUAUGUUACAGAAAGUGUCAUACACAGCAUGUAGCAGUCUUUAAUUCUGAUGUAUAGCACCUUAAAAUGAUUUAUAAUGUAAGAAAACAUGAGAUUACAAGUUACAGAUGCUCAAUUUAUACAAAUGGCAGCUUGUUUUUUUUUUUUGUUUUUUUUUUUGAAGGGGAAAAAAGCAGCAGUCCAUCACAGACUUAAUCGAUGAGCUCUACAAAUUAAUUUCUCCCCCUUUAACCAAAGCAGUUAUUUUCUGACCAAGAGCUACAAAAAAAAAGAAAAGAAAAAAAAGGAGAAUAGCCGAUAGGAGAAUAUGGUAAUGCUAUUGAGUAGAAAAUCAGUUUGUUCAAUUUUCAACAAAGUUAUAUCCUGAAAUCAGGUUGGAAUGAGAAUCUGCAUCAGUUCAACAUUAUUGUUUACUCUCCGCAGUACCUGCAGUACUCCUGGGAAAAUAUCUUUAAUGAAAUGUUUUUUAUGUGUUGCUUUCUUCUCUUUUUAUAUAAAGAUGUUUUUUGUAUUACCACUAUCUGAUACAUGCAGCUGUAAUACUAUGUAACUGUACCUUGUUAUAUGCAUAUAAAAUAAAGUGGAAUUUAAUGAUGUCCAGC